AAAUGAGAAUAUGCUAAAUGCAAAUAUCACCUUCUCCUCGAAGGCUGCGUUUCGCUGUCCCUAUUUGUCAAUUUCAUAUUUAUUUCCAUCAAAAACUUGGACUACAAAGUCACGGUGGAGACCGCCGGAAAAGCUGAAAGCUCGAUUCAUCGGUCACCGGAAACUCAACUGACGACGACAACUAGGAGGAGGUGGAGGAGCCAAAUUUGCUGAAUUUGUUAUAUAAUUACCACAAGUAACAUGGGUGAUUCCUCCAAGGACGAUUUCCUUCAGCUCAUCAAGCGAUUCGGCGCUUUUUUGACCGUGAAGAUUUCUAAUAUCUUCCACACACUGGAUUCAAGAUCUGUGGGGGCCAUAGCAGGUCUUGCAGUUGCUAUAGUUUUUACCUGGAGAGUGUGGAGAUCACCUAGUGGACCACAAAGGAGAAUUCCUAAGCGACAAGGUGCGACGCCUAGUAGUUCUGGUGUAAGCACUCAUUCAAGUGCAAAUGUGGAAACUUCAGGAGUUAUCUCUUCUUCGGAGGAUUCAAAUGCUCAAAAUGUUAUUGAUGAGUUCUUUCAGCCAGUAAAGCCAACACUUGCACAGGUAGUUAGGCAAAGGCUGAGUGAAGGGAGGAAGGUGACAUGUAGGUUGCUUGGAGUGAUCCUUGAGGAAACUAGCCCAGAGGAACUUCAGCAACAAGCAACCGUGCGAUCCUCCGUACUCGAAGUAUUGCUUGAGAUCACCAAAUUUUGUGACCUUUAUCUCAUGGAAAGAGUCCUUGAUGAUGAAAGUGAAAAAAAGGUCCUCCUAGCUUUAGAGAAUGCUGGAGUCUUUACAUCUGGAGGUCUGGUCAAAGACAAGGUUCUCUUUUGCAGCACUGAGAUUGGACGUACAUCCUUUGUUCGACAACUAGAACCUGAUUGGCACAUAGAUACAAAUCCAGAAAUCACAUUUCAGCUAGCGAGAUUCAUCAAAUAUCAGUUACAUGUUUCGCCUACAAAGCCAGAAAGAACAGCAAUCAAUGUCUUCAACUCAACCACAUUGGAGCAGUUCUUUGGAAAUGUUUAGAUGAUACCAACAAGAGCUCUAGCAGAUUUCGUUUAUUUUAGGUGUUUUCGUCUUCUUUUUUCUUUUUUUCUCUCCUUUUUGUUGUUGUUCCCUCUUUCUUCCGCACUCUACUCUACUCAGCAUGUGAGAGUCUUCACAUGUUUUGACUCAUUUUUUAUGGCUUUUCUUGGUAUCUGCUGCUUAAUAGUGUGAGAUUAAGGGGCACUAAUAGGAGAGCACUGGUAUUGUGGAAACAAAUCCAUCUAUGUUGCUGUGUAUCGAUAUCACCCCUCUUUACAAACAUAGAUGUGAGUACACUGUAAUUUACUGCUACCUUGCAUUUGUUUUAUCUUCCUCUACAAAAUCCUGAACUCAGGCCUGCAACUGUGUUGCGCUCGAGCUCUGUACUUGGUUUUACCGUCCUCUUCAAUCAAAGGAAGAAACAGGAAGAAAAUAGUGCAAGUGAGGAUCUGUCUGUGUAAACUUUUAGCUAAACGUAGCUCCACUCCUGCAACUUCAGUAUUUUUAUUUAAAUUCUCAGUUUUAAAUAAUGAUUCCAUUAGAUAUUUUAGUUCCA